CGGUUUUGGUUCCGUUCUCGGUUCUCGGCUUCACCGGAGCCGCCCCGCCCCGCCGGGAGCCGCUCUCCGAGCCUGACCCCAGCCCGCAGGACUGCUGCCAGCCGGGGGGGCCGCGGCGGGGCGGAGCGCUGAGGGAAAUGGAGUGAAUUCUCCGGUUUUGUUCCAGAGGAGCCCUGUCCUGGUUUCUGUAUGAAUGUUCCGGGUUUAUUCCCCUUUGCAUUCUUGCUGCGAGGGGUGCAAACACCAUCAUGGGCACGCUGGGUUCUGAGGAAGCAGCAGCUCUCUCUGCCCAGCCUGCCCUUGCUUCAGGCAGCAAGAAAAAAGAACUCUUUGAAUCUCCUUGAACUAAGUGAGGCAGAAUUAGAAGAACAGUUUGUAAGAGGCGAUGGCCCAGGAGGUCAAGCCACAAAUAAGACAAACAACUGUGUUGUCCUGAAGCAUCUUCCAUCUGGGAUUGUGGUGAAGUGUCAUCAGACGAGAUCAGUGGAGAAGAACAGAAAGAUUGCCAGAGAAAUCCUGCAGGAAAAAGUUGACCUUUUCUACAAAGGAGAAGACAGUGAUGUUUUUAAAGAGAAGAAAACAUCAGAGAAGCAAAAGCAGGAGAAAAAAAGAAGAGCAAAGGAAAACCUAGAAAGGAAAAAGCUUUUUAAAGAGAUUCAACAAUUGGAUAAGGAAUAAACAUGUGAAAUAUUGCCUUGCCCUAGCAGGCCCCUCACCAGCUGCCACCAUCUUUUGGCCUUCAACAAAGACCCAAAGCCAGAGCAUGGAUUUUGAAGGCAACAGAGACUUCACCUCCUUGUCCCAGGGACCAGCUGUACCCUGUGCUAUGGAUGGAGUGCUCCAGCAAUCUGCAGGCCCCUUCCCUUGUCCUUUCCUAAACUCCCACAUGAAGGUUAAAUCUUUAUCUGUUGACAGUUCUUGCUCCUGGAGUAUGAAUCUGAUUAAAGUGACUGUACAUAGUUUUAAUACAAACUGUUAAUGAAAAUAAGCUUUAUUACGUCAAGUAAUAAAUACAUACAAAGAUGCAAAUAACAGUUUUAGUAAUUUAUGUUCCUUUUUCUUUUUUUUUCUUUUUUUUUUUUUUUGCAAACUUCAAACUGAAAUCUCCAGCCUUAAUGUAGAAAUUAGCUUUCCAGGACCUUGUUAUUAUUUAAUAGGUUUCCCUAUUUUCCAUAUAGCUCAUGCACUUUAAGUGGACUUCAAAGCACUAACAGUCAUGCAAAUGUUUAUGCAAAAUGAACAAAAAAAGGAAAAAUAAGAGAAGGGGAAGGUUAUUUCUAAGCAGGGUCUAUGCUGUAUGACAAAUUGUGACUUAGCAGACUACUAGGUACAGCAUGCUAUUUCUGCAUUUAUUAAAAAAAUCCUUAGAGCUUAUGUCAAACUUUGAAAGAUUGACAUUUUGGGGAUAAGUGAACAUAGUCAAAGGAAAAAAAAAAACAGAAUGAGGCUGUGGCUGGAUAAGAAGAGAACUGAAAUAUAGCCUGGGAGAGAAGGAGCAUUCCUCUGCAUGCACUUCAGUUUCCAUGUU